GGGUGGAACCGCAGUGCCAACGAAAGGGCAGAGGAGGGAGGUUGGGUGGCAGCGGGGUCGCUCGGGCAGCUGCGCGCCUCUUACGGGUCCUACGGCUCAGUGCUGCUGCUGCUGCUUCCACUAGUUUCCUCGACGGGCGCCCUGAAGCCGAGCCGUCGAUCCCAGUAGCGGAUACCCGUCUUCCGACCCCCGGUGUGGAAAAGCGGCCGUGGGAAGAAGGGCAGCGAUGCCAGUCUCGUGGGACAGCUUCUCCUCCCCGCUGCCUCCCAUCCCGGAGCAGAGGGAGAACCCGCCCGCCUUCGCCUGGGAGAAGGAGAGCGCCUACCAAGGGGCCGCCGGCCGCAGCGCCCGGCUGGAGAGCUCCGACUGCGAGUCCCUGGAUAGUAGCUUGAGCUCCGAAGCGGAUGCCCAGGAAUAUCUGGAUGAAGUGUCCUUGCCAGACUUUGACUUGUUAAAUGAUCCGGAGGAUGAGCUCCUGUGUGCCAAUCUCAUGAAGCUAAUCCAAGUCAGUCUGAAUAAAGCGAAGAUCAACUCCAACCGCUCCUCCAGGCUCCUCAUGCCCAGCCAGCUGAUCGCCCAAGUUGGCAAGGAGCUCCUCCACUUGGCCUAUAGGGAGCCCUGUGGCUUGAGGGGGGCCCUCAUCGACUUGUGCGUGGAACAAGGGAAGGGUUGCCAUAGUGUGGGGCAGAUUGCUGUGGACCCCGGCCUGGUGCCUACCUUCCAGCUGACUCUCGUUCUAAGACUGGAUUCCCGCCUCUGGCCUAAAAUCCAGGGACUCUUUAGCUCCGGCUCUGCUUUUUCUCCAGGCUUCAGCCAAUCGCUGAAGCUCAGCACUGGCUUCAGGGUCAUUAAAAAGAAACUGUAUAGCUCUGAGCAGUUGCUCAUAGAAGAGUGCUGAGAAGUGUCUCCUGGUUGGAACUAAAACUGAGCAUUUACUCUCUUAAAGAUCAUGGCCAGCACCGGUCCAAAGUGGGGAGGAGGCGUGUUUAAAGGGCUGUGGAACACAAGCCGUUUCCAAGACGCGGCUGUCCUCUUGAGCCACUGUAGGUUAGAUUUAGAUGGAAGAUUGACUUAACAAGUGAUACUAGGCAGGUAGUCCAAAGAGGAGGAGGAGGAAGGCAAGGUUUGAAAAUUAAAAACAACAACAACAGCACUCUGCUUUUUAGUAACUGACAAAAAAAAGCCCCCUGGAAACAAUGUGCUAGCUUUAAAAAAAAUCCUUGUCUGACACGUGGGACAACUUUAGCAGUAUUUUUCCCCCUGACA